GUUGACUGAAUGCCUGCGAACCAUGUCUGUCUCAGUGUCCCCAGUGAAGCAAAUGUUAUGUCUCUCUGCCCCGCUUGUUCCGAAAGCUGCAUAUUGCGUUUACUGACGGCGGUCCUGAGUGGGCAUCAGGGAUAAGGCAACUCCUCGCGAACCCGAACGUGCGGAGAUGCGUCUUCAUUUAGGCGAGCGCGUUAUGUGUCCUCGCUCUGCUGUCGUAAACGAUCCGAGAGAUUUUGGACGGCCGAAGACUUCACAGGUUUAUAGCGGAAAGCAUUCAUCAUUGUAGGUAACCUGGAAUGCUCGAUCAUUCAUUUCACGUCGGGAGGUGUAAUUUCCCAUUUACAGUGAUGCAGGAUAAUUUGCUUAUCGUAAGACUUUGGCGGUGAAAUCUGAAGGACAACACUUACAAAUCGCAUGGGGAUAUUUUCAAUCUGUUUACUGGCGGCGUUGUCUGUUCCAAGUCUUCGCCCGGUCUGUGGCACCUCAGACGCAGAAGAAGUGGUCAGGAACUACUCCAAAGCAUAUGAGGACAUUGCCCCGCUGUGCCAGAGAGAGGAGCUCAGAUUCAGCAGCUGCCUGGUGGACUGGUUGCGAUGCUACUAUAAGAGGGACUGUGGCCGCGAGUACAUGUUGAUGAAACUGAUCUGUUCAGUGAGCUCAAACCAGAGCAGCCCCAUCCAUGAGUACCCAGACUGCCGUGACGGGGGCAGCGAGGCCAGCCUGCUGGUGUCUCCUCUGGUGGUGGCGGGCAUCGUCAUCGGCCUGGUGCUCUUCCUCUCCUGCGUCACCAUCAUCGUGGGCAGCCUGCGCAAGGACAGCCGCCUCCGCAACCCGCACCUGCGCGCCAGCUACGCCCCUGAUGGCUUCUCGUAUGGCGGCUCCCUUGGUGAGCUGAGGUCCACCUGCAUUGAGGAGUUCCCCCCUGCGUUUGACUUUGACUCCUACGUAGACACACUCUCACAGGUCAACGUCAUGUACCCAGACUCACCACCAUGUUACGACGAGUGUGUGGGACCAGGUGCGACGCAGGUCUACGUCCCCACCGACGACCCCCCUCCAUACUCCCUGACGGACCCCUGCCAGGGCAGAGAGGACCCAGGGGACCCCCACACCUACCUGGACCUGGGGGAGCCGUCCGCCGGGGCCUCCUGGGUGGCGGCGGGUGGAGCAUCCCAGUACCCAAUCAGACUGUACGAGCUGCGGCGGCAGCCAAUCGCAUCCAUCUCCCUGUCAGCGCUGCCCCUGGAGGACGCCCCGCCCUAUGAGGUGGUGGUGGGGGGCGGGCCGAGCCAGAACCAUCCAAUCCCUCUGAUGCCCAUGGAUCUGCUGAAGCACACGGCACAGCAGAUCAGUGGCAGCCCUCAGCACGCCGGACCCAACAGAAUCCUCUAGCCCACAGCACGCCGGACCCAACAGAACCCUCUAGCCCACAGCACCCACAGCACGCCGGACCCAACAG